AUUGUUAUAAAUUUUCAUUUGGAAAAAAAAAAAAAACCAAAUACGAAAAAAAAAAAAAGAUUAAAGGGCUAUUUAGGAAAUGUAGAGAUGGGAUGGAAAUAAAUGCAAAAAUCGCAUGUUACAUGUCCUUCCCAUUCACUCUCUCUGCCUUCAUGCAUACGCUUUAAUUGAACUUUUCUCUUUUUUCCUCGUUAUUAAUUACCUUUUGCCGUUUUAAGUAAAACUAAUUUACUCCAGAAUGAAUCCAAAUCCAAUUUAACAAAUAUCAAAAAUCAGAUUUUUUAUGGUCAGUCUUUAAAAGUACUUCCAUUUGUAUAUAUCACUUUGUGGAGGAAUGCUUGUUACCUACUCCUUUAUAAGCCUCCACUCUCCACAAAACACACACACACACACACACAAAGUGAACAAAAAAAAGUUGAAAUUUCUUUGAAGUUAGUUUGUGUGUGAUGGAGAAACACAAGACAUGUAAGUUGUGUUCAAGGAAGUUUGCUAAUGGAAGAGCUUUAGGUGGGCAUAUGAGAUCUCACAUGAUGAAUUUACACACACAACAACAAGAGCAAGAACAAGAGAAACAGAUUAAUCAGCAAAUCAGCGAUGAAACAGACUCAAUUCCAUCAUCUUCAUGGUUGUCUGAAGAAGAAAAAGGUAAAAUCUUGAAUUCUUGUGAAGGUGCUGCUGAUGACUCAGUUGUUGUUCUUCCAGAUAAAGAAAGUGAGACUGAAUCAUCAAAAAAUCCAACUCGUUCUAAAAGAUCCAAAAGGGUAAGAAAAUCAAGAAAACUCAAUUUUGUGAAGAUAACAGACUACUCAUCACUGGUUGAACCUGAGCCAGUUAGUUCAAUCUCAGAGACUUCACCUGAAGAAGAUGUUGCACAUUGCUUAAUGAUGUUAUCUAGAGAUAAAUGGAUUACUAAACAAGAAGUUGAUGACUACUCUGAUGAAGAAGAGGAUAAUUCAGAGGAUUCUGGAGAACAAGUUAAAAUAAUUACAAAGACUAAGGGGAGAGGUAAGUAUAUAUGUGAAACAUGUAACAAAGUUUUCAAGUCUUAUCAAGCAUUAGGGGGACAUAGAGCAAGUCACAAGAAGAUUAAAGUUGCAAGUGUUAAUAAUAACAAUGAAGUGGUGGAAAGUGGAAAUGUAGUAGUUGAAGAGAAGAUACAUGAAUGUCCUGUUUGUUACAGAGUUUUUUCAUCAGGACAAGCUUUAGGUGGACAUAAAAGAACACAUGUUAUUGGUGUUGCAGCAACAAAUGUUAGUGUUCCUGUUGCUGCAAAAAUAGAAUUUUCAAGAACUGGUGGAACCAGUUUAAUAGAUCUUAAUCUUCCACCUCCAAUGGAAGAUGAUGAUGAAAUUAUUAGCCAAGUUGAAGUUUCUGCUAUUUCUGAUGUUGAAUUUGUCAACCCCAACAAAAAUCAGAGGUAAAGUUUUAUUCUUUUUUUAUUUUGGUUAAUUUUCAGAGGCUAUGUAGGAAAGGAUUAUGGAUCCAAGUGAAAUUUUCCUGGGAAAAUUGGGGUUGAUUUUCCAUUAGCUUUUACUCAAUUCAAUAGUUUUGACUGUAAUCCAUAUUUACUGUUGAGAGUGUUCUGUUAAUGUAAAAUGUAACAGCUAAUUUUACAACAUUUACUGAUAGAGGAGAAUAUCAGAUCA